CACGGGGCGCAGCUGCGCACGAGAGGGAACCAGACUAAAGAUCCGAUUGGUUGCGCUCGCGCUAUAUAUGACGUCACUUCCUCCGUCCGCUCUCUUUUUGCCGUGAGGUGUAGAUCUCCAUACGGCGUUGUCUCGUGCUCUCCCACUAAACUCGUUGCACAGGGAAAGUGGUCACGAUGUCCGGAGGUCUGGAUGUCCUUCAGAUGAAGGAGGAGGAUGUGCUGAAGUUCCUCGCUGCAGGAACCCAUCUGGGUGGUACCAACCUAGACUUCCAGAUGGAGCAGUACGUCUACAAAAGAAAAAGUGAUGGCAUUUACAUCAUCAACCUGAAGAAAACUUGGGAAAAGCUGCUGCUGGCUGCUCGGGCCAUCGUUGCCAUCGAGAACCCCGCAGACGUCUGCGUCAUUUCUUCCAGGAACACCGGUCAGAGGGCGGUGCUCAAGUUCGCUUCUGCCACCGGUGCCACCACCUUCGCCGGACGCUUCACGCCCGGUACCUUCACCAAUCAGAUUCAGGCCGCCUUCAGGGAGCCCCGCCUCCUGAUCGUGACUGACCCUCGUGCUGACCAUCAGCCGCUGACUGAGGCUUCAUAUGUGAACAUUCCCACCAUCGCUCUGUGCAACACCGACUCCCCUCUCAGAUACGUCGAUAUCGCCAUCCCCUGCAACAACAAGGGUCCUCACUCCGUGGGUCUGAUGUGGUGGAUGUUGGCCCGUGAGGUGUUGAGGAUGCGUGGUACCAUUUCCCGUGAACAUCCAUGGGAGGUGAUGCCUGAUCUGUACUUCUACAGAGAUCCUGAGGAGAUUGAAAAGGAGGAGCAGGCUGCAGCAGAGAAGGCUGUAGGGAAGGAGGAGUUCCAGGGCGAGUGGUCUGCUCCCGUUGCUGAUAUUGCUCCACUUGAAGUGCAGGACUGGUCUGAUAAUGUGCAGGUUCCUUCAGUACCCAUUCAGCAGUUCCCUGCAGCUAUUGAGGCUGCUGCUGCUGCUGCUAAACCUGCCCCCACAGCAGAGGGUUUCUCAGAGGACUGGAGUGCGCAGACCGCCACUGAGGAUUGGAGCGCAGCCCCCACCGCUCAGGCUGGAGACUGGGGUGGCUCCACUGCUGAGUGGUCUUAAACACACACACACACACACUCUCUCUCUCCAGCUUGUGUGUUAAUAUGGAGCCAAUAAACUUGAUGGCUUGAA